AUGAAAGAGAGGAAGCGGCGGGAAGGAGAGGAGUACGGAGGUGCUGCGUACUUUACGGAAGUUUCUCGAUGUUGUAAUGCUGCCUAUCAAGUGUUUGUGUUUUGUUCACAUCGACAUAUCAACGGAAAAUUAUUUGGAGUUAUUGCAAUGACCGCCUCUGGCAGAUUUGAGUUUUGCCUUGGAAUUUUCUCCUUUUUGGGUGGGGACCUGGCUAAUCUUGCAAACAACGACAAUAUGAGACUCGAUCGUCCCACCCUAAUCUUGUCUGCUCGCCGCGAGAGGACUCGUUAUCAUGAGCAGGCUAGAGCCUUCCCUAUGUGCUUCACGACAAGGAAGCGUCGACCUCUAGGAGUCGACUAUCACAGGGGUCGUUAUCUCAGACUCGUACACACCAUGAGGAGGAGGCCCAUUGUUGACCCUUAUUCAGGAGGCCCAUUGACACUUCAUUAUUGA